ACCGUCCAAUCCGAGGAGAGAGUGAGAGUUGUGAUCCUCGUGCGAUUCAGGUCCGUGCGGUUGCGGAACGACCUGGUGCAGUGUAUCGAUGCCAAUUCUCGACUUAGCUCGAAAGAAAUUCAAAGUGUUCCGAGUGAAUUAAAUAGCGGAGAAUGUACACAGUUUCGAAAGGCCCCAGCAAGAUAGUGGCAAAGACCCGUCGAGGACUUUCGCAGAACUACGAGAAGCUCGAGACGAUCAAGGCGAUGGGGAAGAAGUCGGGCGAAUCAGGAAGCGCCGAGGAAUACAAUGUCCCCCGACCUGUUUUCCAAACAUCCAAACGCGCCACCGUCCACUACCGGCACAACCAGGUGGAAGAGGAGACCCUGUCGCCGCAGCACGAGGAGAUAGUCAAAUACAUAAACGAAUCAUGGAAUAUGGUGGUCGCACAAAAUCCAUACGACAGUCCAGUCUUACCGGGCAGCAAAUCUGACUCAUCUGACACAUCAGCCUGCCCGUCACCCUCAUCUCCACUAUCGUCCCCCGUUUCAACUUUGUCGUCUUCACCAACAUCAUCUUCCACAUUCUACUGCGUUGAACCUCCAAGUCCUGUCCUGAGUGAUUUUAAACCGUUUGAUUUAGAAUCGUGGUGGGGUCGGCGACUAUUCAAUAAUAUAACAAAAAGUCUGUGAAUUUUGUAGAUUGUGGGAGCAAGGAACAAUGUGAAGCUAAAGCAAAAAGUACAUUCUCGCCUGCCUAGUUAAGUAAAAAAUGAUAAUGCAAGGUAGAUAAUAAAAGUCAAAUAAAUUUAGUCAUGCAAAUUCGAAAUUGAAAAUUGUUUGAUAAGAACAAUUGAAUUAUGUAAGGAAAAUGUGCAAAAUCGUCAUUAAAUAGGUAAAAGUAUUUUUUGUCAAAUGCUGGUCGUUUGCAAUGUAUGCAAUGCGCUCUGCUACAUGAUGCUAUCAUGAUGUGAAUUUAGCUAGAUUUGAUAUUUUUUGGUAGGAAAUUAGGAUGAUUGUUUUCUUUUUUGUAAAGUGUGUAAAUGGUGUAAAUAAUACAAAUAAAACUUUAUAGUUGAAUCGGA